AUGGUAUAUCUGGUGAUUGGCGCCACCCAGUUGACUAAGCCAGGACAUGGAGCACAACUGCGACGGAUUAAGAAGUUAGUGCGUCAUGAACAUUAUAAUCCAAGUGACAAAAGUAAUGACAUUGCCUUGCUGGAACUGAGCAAGCCUGUUGACUGCAAUCCCUAUGUCCAGCUGGCCUGUGUGGCUGACCCCACCCUAAACCUGUCAGAGCUGCAGAACUGCUGGGUGGCAGGUUGGGGUUCUACUGCUGCCAGAGCUCAAAACUCAAGUGAUGUCCUACAGGAGGCCAAGGUCCAGCUCAUUGAUGUCCAGCUCUGCAACAGUAGUGGAUGGUAUGCAGGGAAAGUCCACAUCCACAACGUGUGUGCUGGUUACCCUCACGGCCGCAUCGACACCUGCCAGGGUGACAGUGGUGGUCCUCUCAUGUGCCAGGACAACCAUGCUGAUUACUGGUGGGUUGUUGUAAGAAGGAAUUCCGGAUUGUGA